CUUUAACUAGGUCUUAGUACAAUCAUAGUGCAGUGCAGUGCAUUGUGCAGCACUGAAGGUGUGUCCAACACCUUUGGCUAGUGAAGCAGUGCAAAAUCUGGUCACAAAGUGAGGCAUAAGUCGUUUUAAGUGUAACAUGAAUUAAACAUAUCAGAGUGUCAUCUCCCUUUCCCUUUAAAAACCAGGUGCGCCUGCACCUGGCAAAUUAGUUAGCUGGUGGACCCUCUACCGCCUCCCAGUCCUUUAUCCCAUCAUCAGCUCCAAUUAACUGCAUUUGAGCAAAUGCACCAAUAUUUAACUGAGGAGGAGGAGAGCUGCUGUGCUCCCCCGCGUAUGUCAGAGUGAUAUGAAUGGGUGUGCUUGGACAUAAAAUUAACAUGCUGAUUAACGGUGGAUGGGAUGCAGGUGGGUGAAAUAAAACGUAAGAAAUACACGGUGCGCAUUUUGUGCUUCAGCUAAACUUCUUGAAUAUUUAAAUGUCUUAAGGUAAUAAAUAUUACGCAUUCUUCUAAACAUCCAAAAGGUCACACACACAGUUUUGACCUGUUUGACCUAUUUCAGUCUGAAUCAAAGAUGUGAACUGACCAACAUUGUUGACCAACAUUAGCACACUGCCAACAAAUCUAAGAAGCACAGUCACCUAUGAAAGAAACAUCUUUGAUCAUUUAUGAUGUUUCUGAUGCCAAAAAAGUACAAUCACACUGAGGGGACACAGGGUUAACCCAUCUCCUCUCAUUUCAGUACUGACCAGUUUCCAUUCUCCCACACAAUUUUACACAUCAAGAUACAUCAGUACAAACUGCAGUGGACAAGAUUUAUGGCACAGAGGUGCCAGAUAAAUGAUGUGGGGACAGUAAAGAAACAGAGGAGAGAUGAAAUGGGUUUGUGAUGCUGAGCCAACGGAGAAAAUGGAUCAGUGAGAUUGCACGCAAUUGAUUCAUGAUCAGCGUGACUGUGAGUGAUGAGCAAGACAAGUAAACAAACAAAUAAGAUUCAAGAGGACAGCAAAUCAAUUUGCACUGACACAGAGGAAAAUUAAACACAGCGAGAAAUUCAUUUUGGGUGACAUGCUUGACGCGCAUGUUUACAUUUGAGCAGCAACAGUUUUUAAACCUUGAACACAAACCUGUGCUUACUUGUUGGUAUAGUUAGACUCACAGCUGAUAUAGUUUAAUCUCUUAUGUAUUAGUGGCAGAGGAACCAUUAUGCUGUGGCUGCAUUUACAAGCACAGACAUUUGUUAUGUGGUCAUUUUGGCAGGCAAUACACACAAAUCAGCUUUACAACUAUUAGUAAGUAGCUCUGGCCCAUUUGCCAUGCUGUCUGUGUUCAUGCAUUGACACACAACGCUGUGAUAUACAGUUUGCUCUUGCCAGCCACGAGGGCAGCUGAUGAACUUGGCACUAAACCAGAGGACAGCCAUUUCUCUUUUCUGACAGGAUGGACAAGUGCUUGAAGAUAUAUAUCACUCUGGGCUCCACUCAUGGACUGCUGCAGACUCAACAGGGAUAAGCUGUCAGUAUUCCACUUUCUGCUGGCCCUUAAGACAGACAACCAGCCAUUUAAGAAAGAAAACAUAACAGACACCACCUUAGGAAGUGUUGGUGAAACUAGGGCAGCAAAUUGGGGAGCAGCCAACCAACUAUUCAUCAUUAGUCUGAAGACUUGCCAGUUUGUGACACUAUCAACUAUUCUCUGCUUGACCACUUCUGGCUGUCCUGCUCUUGUCCUUUUCAUGGAGAAGAGCAGGGGUGGCAUCAAUUUCAGUGGCAGUAAUAACCAGGCAUUCCUGAAAUUCCCUCUUUAUUAAACUUUAAUUAGGGAAUUACCAAGUGGGGGAAGAAGUGUUGAGAUUUGGUGGAACGAGGGCAAUACCAGGACUCCAAGGUCAUCAGUAGUCGAGAUAAGAUGCUUAGUGUUGUGAGACACAUGUUACUCUGCUAUUUUACCAGCUGAACCCAAACAUGGGAAUCUCUCAUGAGAAAAGAUCAAAUGGGAUACUAAAAAGACUGGAUCCAAUUCCAGAGCAAUAAGAUAGCGGUGAUGUCUUUGUUUAUGGAGAUGAAAUAUGCAUUAUCCAAUGAUAAACCUGCCAUGGAAACAAUCAGAAGGUCUUAUCUAGAUGCAACAGAUGCUGCCACAGUGAAUCUAUAUGAGUUCCACUACAGAUGGUUUGCUGUAAGUCCUAUCUGUUGCAGAAAGAUGCUUCCCUACAGGCUGCAAGAGUUAAUCUAUACUGCCAGUGUUAUCACCAGGACCCAGCUUAUUUUUAGCAGCUUUCAUUACACUUUUCUUUCCUGUAGCCAGAUUGGAUGAGUUGAGAUUUGUCAGGAGAAUCACAAGAUGUUCUUCCUUUAAACCCCAGUGCCGAGCACCGGCUGACAGCUUUCUAUGGCAGGAGACAUCUAAAUUGUCUCAUUAUGGACCUGGGUUAUGACAGCCUGGGCCACCCGGAAAGAAACAGCAGAUGGGUUGUGUCCCAUGGCCUCCACGGAGCAUGGCAGAGAGCUGGAAGAGGCAGCGAGAAAAGUGGUCCAGCAAAACCCUGCAAGGGGCGGUCAGACCCACAGACCAGCCGGCUGGAAGAGGAGACGCCCACGGCCACGUCUUUCCCACAAGGGACCCAUGCCGUUCUAGAGCAAGGCACUGCUUUGUGCGCCCUCCCCCAGGUUCUGAUUUCAAUGCUCUUCCUUUGCCUUGGGGGGCCUUGCAACGAAGGGCCUAUGCUUGCCCAGCCUGAAGAGUGAUGUCCAUAGCACCUGCUGGUUCUUCAAGCAACUCUGUCCACAAAAAAAUCAGGACAAGCAGCUCACCCUCAGCUCUAAGAGGAAUUGGGAGGGGGGGGAG